CAAUUGCCACUAACUCCGGAAAUACCCCGGCCCACAUACACUGAUGAAGAAUUGGUCAAGCUAGUCGACUACAUACAACGAAUGUGCAUGCUGUUUGCAUUGGAUCAUCGUGAUUGGAGGGAGGAGAUAUUGGAUGUUAUAAGACGAUGGCUACUGGAGGUCAACGAGGUGCUUUUGACUUUUUUCUAUGAUGGAAAUAGACUGACUGCAUGCCUUGGCUUUCCCGUCACACCUGUAUCGGAUCUGAGUUAUUUCAGUCGAUCACCAAAUCAUAUCUUCUCUGUGGAAAGUUUCCAUGAUGAAGUCAAUUUCGGCACUGUCCACGAAGACAUAGAUGGUUGUCUACUGAAGGUGCUACAGCUGGUGUAUGCACCGGUUUUUCGUAAUUACUUAGAUUGGAAUGAAAAUGUGAAGUCCCGAUUCGCCCAAGCUAUGGACAAAUUAUUGGGAUAUCUUACGAAUAUUAAUUCCAAAAUGGCCGGCUUGACCAUACUCUAUGUGCCACAUGUGGUGCAGCAGAUGGCACGAGACAAUGUGGCACACGAUCGAGAAUUCGUUAAAAAUAUGGAAUCGGUCGUUGUAUUUUGGACAACACAAAUACGAACAUUAUUAUCGGAUAAGGUGUUGGUGGUACCGCACGAUUUGGUGGUACCCGAGGAGGAAUAUGAAUUUUGGCUUUAUAGAUACGAAGUUUUGCACGGCAUUAACACUCAACUGGAUCUGAAUGAUGUCCAGGAUAUUAUCGGGGUACUACGUACUUCCCACUCGGUGUACAUAAAGCAAAUCGAUGAGCUCAUAGCAGAAUGCCGCUUAGAAAUGGCCGAGGCUAUGUCGAAUAUCAAAUAUUUACAUUUGCUGAUUGAACCCUGUUCACGCAUUGACAGGUGUGAGAGUCCCGCAACUGUGCCAGGCGUCUUACCGCGCAUUGUUCACUUCGUACGCUACAUCUGGCUGCACUCUCCAUUCUACAAUCGCAAAGAUUUAAUAACGAAUCUCUUGCGUGAUGUUAGCAAUCAAAUUAUACGCUUUUGUGUAUCGAAAACGGAUGUGGACAAAAUACUUCGAGGCAACUCCCGGUUCGGCAUUCGGAUGUGCAAUGUGUCCGUGGACUGUUGUUUGUCCUACAAGCUGAUAUACGAACGAAUGUCCAGGGAUUUGUCUGCGAAACAGCCGAGCACAGGAUGGGAUUUAGACAAUGCCAUGAUAUUCAACCACGUCGAUGCCUUCAUAGAGAGAUUGCACGAUCUGAUCGAUAUAUGUGAGUCAAUGAUAGUGUUUGGCCGUUUGGAUGAAACCGAAGAUAUACCCAAGCCCCGUUUCGGUGGAACAAAUGGUGGGGAAUUUGAGAAAACAGCUGAGCGGGUGGAGGACGAAUUUCGAAAGACUUUAGACUUGUUGAAAAACGAUUCCAAAGAUUUGAUCUUGAAUGUCCACAAGAAUAGUUGGUACGAAGAAGUACUUAAAUAUCGCAAGACUGUUCAAAGCUUAGAGGAGACCGUACAGCGCCUGAUGGACAGUGCAUUUCAGAGAGUUUGCAAUAUUGAAGAGGCUUUGGAGGUUCUGCAUGCUGUACUCUUUUAUUCGUACAGAAGUUCCAUACGUAAAACCUAUCUCGGUAUGGUCAGCGAAGUUUGGACUAUGUUUGCCAAAGAAAUGGAAAAUACGGUUCGGGCACUAAUGGAUCGGGUCAAACUCCAUGAAUCAUGGUUUAAUUAUUAUGCCUCCCGAGCGUUGGCUUAUCGCAUUAAUUUGGAGCGUUUGCAAUGGUUAAGGGAUCGCCUUAAGAAUUCCGAAUGGCUACCUGUGGUUCCCGAGGCCAAUUCUGUGUUGAUAAAAUUUGAACUUUUAAAGAAAGAUUUCGAGAAGGAGAUGAAAAAGACCUUCGAUGAAUGGAUACGCAGCUGUGGUAGUGGCAAUCUUCUUAAGCGAUUGGAUCGCACCCUGCUUGUACGCAGUAAAGUAAAGAAGGGUCUCUUAGAGUGCAACAUGGAUCGUACGGUAUUGAGCAUUUGUCAACAGGCGCAUCAUUUUGAGCAAAUGGGCUUUCAAAUUCCCAGCACGAUAAGGAAACUCUAUGAGAAGUAUUCCACCCUGCAAUUUGUCUAUAACAGUGUCAUUACGGUAUGUCUUGAUUACAAUCGCAUAUUGUCGGCCUUGUCCGAAGAGGAGCGGAAGCUCUUUAGGGCUCUAAUACAAUCAUGUGAUCGUAAAAUUGCUCCUGGCAUAUUUAAAUUGACAUGGGGUGGUGAGUUGAGUGAUGCCUACAUAGCUGAUUGUGCCAAGCACACGAAUCGCCUGCAAGAGUCGUUGGAUAUCUACAAGAGAGCCAAUCGUCAUAUCGCCAAGAUAUGUGAACAAAUAUGUGAUACUCCACUGGUGAAAUUUAGCCUGCCGGGAGCAGUGGAGUUGACUGCGUUUGAGGCAAACGUCAGUGCGUAUAAUCGUCGUGCCACCAGUCAGAUCUUAAAUUUCUACAACACAAUUAUUGAAUUGCUUUAUGCCGUCUUUAAGGAAUUUCAAAAUGUCAUCGAAGAGAUGACUGCAGAAUGGUUCAACUAUAUACGGCGUUUUGAAGAUAUGCUGGCAGAGGCCCUACUAAUUUGUGCCCGCAAUUCUCUGAACAAUGUGUAUUACGCUUUGCGCUCAGAGGGUGAUAUAAAUCCCGCUCCUAUAAUUAUCAUUUCCAUCGAUAUUCAAGAGCAACAACCGACGCUCACACCCACCAUGUCGACCAUAGAAACCCUUAUGAUGGGUAUGCUGAAUCGAAUCCACAGCAGUUUAGAAACCAUACCGAGAAUAGCCAACAAAUUUGAAUUGCCCAGUGAACUGUGUGGGCCACCAUUUGCCAAGCUAAUGAAGCAGGACGCCAUCAUAGCAGAUAUCCAGGAGAAAAUUAGCAUGGAAGUUGAUUACAGCAAAGAGGAAAUUGCUAAAUUCGUUCACAAUUGGACAGGUUACAGCGAUAUUUGGGAGUGCAGCGAAGAGGAGUUUGUCAAGCGUAUCGAGCACACCGACCAGACAGCGGACAUUUUUGAGGAUAGCAUUGAGUCGUACAGUUCCCAGGCAGAACUGAUUGCCAUGAAAGAUGCCAUUGUCAAUGUUUACUUCAUAAUGGUAAAUCAGACGUCUUUGAAGAAUACAAUAAUGGAUUGCAUCGAACGAUGGCAGCUGUUGAAUGUGAAGCUGCUUACGAAACGUGCAACAUCGAAAAUAAAAAGUGUCUACCGCUAUGUCAGACGUAAUGAGAAGCGAAUUAGUGUCGUACCCAGGACACUGAAAGAAGCCCGGGAAGCAACGGAACUUUUUAAUCGCCUACGAGCUGAAGCACCCAUCAAGCAGGAUGAAUUCCCAGAAAUUUUGGAACUUUUCAAAGUUUUGGAUAAAUAUCAAAUUGAUAUUGUCGAAAACACCCGACUACUCGUAGUUAAUCUGCAGUCCACCUGGGAAACUUAUCUCAAAAAACUGGCAGAGGCUGGCGAAAUGUUGGACAACACGAAAGAAGAAUUCAAAGCGAACCUCCUACAGCAAGCAGACAAAUUCCGCAACAUUAUGAAGGAGUUUUUAGCUGAUUUUAUGCUUAAAUUACCCACAUCUUCCCAAACAAAUCCAAAAAUAGCUUUAAAAUAUCUUAAGAUUAUAUCUGAUAAAGUGGCUGCUUGUUUCAAAUUCGAAGAAAGUCUUAUCAAUGAUUUGGCAAUAUUUCGUAUUAAUCAGCCGGAAAAUAUGGACUUGAAGAAAUUAGAUGGGGAAGUGAAAAUCGUGCAAAACAUUUGGGAACUAAUUCUGGAAUGGCAAAAUGCCUGGAAUGAAUGGCGUUUGGGAAAUUUUUGGAAAAUUAAUAUCGAUCUCAUGGAGGAUACGGCCUUGGGUUUGUAUAAGGAAUUCAGUGCCCUGAAUAAGAAAUACUAUCCACGCAAUUGGGAUAUGCUUAUCACGACCACAAAGAAUUUGGAUAGCUUCCGUAGGACAUUGCCGUUGAUAACGGCCCUAAAAAAUCCAUGCAUGCGUCCUAGGCAUUGGGAUCGUGUCAGAGAUCUUAUGCAAGUACAUUUUGACGAGAACUCGGAAAAAUUCACAUUAGAAUUUAUUAUUGCUUUGGACUUCCAAGCAUACUCGGAAGAUAUUCAGGAUAUAUCGAAUGCGGCCACCAUGGAAUUGCAAAUCGAAAAUGGCAUUAAAAAUAUUGGCAGCAUUUGGCGCAAACAGACCUUUGAAAUGACUCCAUAUCGCGAUGGCAUCUAUAGAAUUAAGAGUGUGGACGAGUGCAGUCAGUUGCUGGAGGAACAUAUGGUCCAAAUAUCGGCGAUGAAAUCGACCAGGUUUGUUGAACCUUUCGCAGCGAUAGUAGACUAUUGGGAGAAAACGCUUUCCUACAUAUCGGAGACCUUAGAAAAGGCAUUGCAGGUGCAACGUCAGUGGCUGUAUUUGGAGAAUAUAUUUGCUGGCGAAGAUAUCCGCAAGCAACUGCCAAGCGAGGCGAACCGUUUCGCUGCCAUAACCGAUGAAUUCUCACUGAUAUCAUCUAAAAUGUUUGAGGCCAAAACAGCCUUACGGGCUACGCACCUGAAGACACCCCCAUUUUUACUUAAUCGAUUCCAGAAAAUGGACGAACGUUUAGAGGCCAUACAGAGGGCAUUGGAAAUAUAUCUGGAGCGGAAGAGGCAACUAUUUCCCCGUUUCUAUUUCAUUUCCAAUGACGACCUGUUGGAGAUAUUGGGCAACAACAAGAGGCCAGAUUUGGUACAAAUCCAUUUGAAAAAGUUAUUCGACAACCUUGUGAAGUUGGAGUUGAGGCGAGUUGGUAAGGCGAUGAAUCGCUGGCAAGCAUUGGGCUUGUAUUCCGACGACGGAGAAUAUGUGGAAUUUCUAAAUGUUAUUUACAUCGAUGGUCCUUCGGAGAAGUGGCUGACAACGGUUCAGGACUAUAUGUUUGCUGUGAUGCGGGAACAGCUAAAGUUGACCAGAGCUUCGUUGAGAAAACUCGCCUCGAAUCGAGAAAAAUGGCUUUCUAUGUGGCCAGGCCAAUUGGUAAAUACGACAUGCUUAAUCCAGUGGACCACAGAGUGUACGCGCAGCCUAAUCCACUGUAAAAUGGUCGAUCAAAAGAAGCCGCUGCGCAAACUGAAGCGUAAACAGAGUAAAAUAUUGGGUAAGCUCUCUGAAAUGUCACGCAAAGAUUUGAAUAAGAUAAUGCGGCUCAAGGUCAACACCUUGAUAACGGUCGAAAUUCAUGGCCGUGACGUGAUAGAGAGGAUGUACAAGAACAACUGCAAGGAUGUGUCACAUUUUGAAUGGUUCUCCCAGCUGCGGUUUUACUGGCAUCGCGAAUCGGAAUCUUGUGUAAUACGACAAACCAACACUGAACACUGGUAUGGCUAUGAGUAUAUAGGCAAUUCUGGCCGAUUGGUCAUAACGCCCCUUACAGAUCGUUGUUACAUAACACUGACAACGGCUUUGAAUUUGUACCGCGGCGGUAGCCCUAAGGGACCCGCCGGCACUGGAAAAACGGAAACUGUGAAAGACUUGGGAAAAGCCCUGGGUAUGUGGGUCAUUGUUACAAAUUGCUCCGAGGGUUUGGAUUUCAAGAGCAUAGGCAAGAAUUUCUCCGGUUUAGCUCAGACUGGUUCCUGGGGAUGCUUCGAUGAAUUCAAUCGCAUCAACAUAGAAGUCUUGUCAGUUGUGGCCCAACAAAUAAUGUCCAUCUUAUCAGCAUUGUCAGCCAAACUUGGUGAAUUUGUCUUCGAAGGACAGAAGAUAAAAUUAGUACCCACUGUGGGUCUUUUUAUUACCAUGAAUCCGGGCUAUGCUGGACGAACUGAAUUGCCAGAUAAUUUAAAGUCAAUGUUCCGACCGAUUUCUAUGAUGGUCCCCGAUAAUGUUAUCAUAGCCGAGAAUACUCUUUACUCAGAUGGGUUCACCAACACCAGAAGUUUGGCACGCAAGGUCUAUACUCUGUACGAACUGGCCAAACAGCAGUUGUCCAAGCAAUAUCACUACGAUUUCGGACUGCGGUCCAUGGUAGCAUUGCUGCGCUAUGCAGGGCGUAAGAGGCGCCAAUUACCCCAUGCCACAGAGGAAGAGGUCGUCUAUUUGGCCAUGCGAGAUAUGAAUGUGGCCCGUCUGACGGCCAAUGAUCUGCCACUCUUCAAUGGCAUCAUGUCAGAUAUAUUUCCCGGAGUGGACGUACCACUUAUAGAUUAUAGUGAUUUUCAAAUCGCCAUACAGGAUGAGCUGCUGGCGAAUGGACUGCAAGUAAUUCCCAGUGCGGUGAAGAAGAUCAUUGAGUUGUAUGAGACGAAAAAUUCCAGACAUUCCACGAUGAUUAUUGGUGAUACGAACACUGCCAAGUCCGUUACGUGGAAAUGCCUGCAGGGAGCAUUCGGGCGCAUGAAUACUCAAAAGAAAUCUGGUUGGCCAGCGGUAGUGGUGCAUCCUGUCAAUCCUAAGGCCCUAAACUUGGCCGAACUUUAUGGUGAAUACAAUCUGGCAACGGGCGAAUGGUUGGAUGGUGUCCUCAGUUCGAUAAUGCGUAUCAUAUGUGCCGAAGAAGAUCCGACUCAAAAGUGGCUACUCUUCGAUGGUCCAGUUGAUGCAGUCUGGAUAGAAAAUAUGAAUUCCGUAAUGGAUGACAACAAAAUAUUGACCCUGGUCAACAGUGAGCGCAUAACCAUGCCGUCACAGGUAUCACUACUGUUUGAGGUGGCUGAUUUGGCGGUGGCGUCACCGGCAACAGUUUCUCGAUGCGGCAUGGUUUACAAUGACUAUCGUGACUGGGGCUGGAAACCCUUUGUCGAAUCGUGGCUGCAACGUCAGAAACCCGUUGAAUAUGUCAAAUAUAUUCGUCAAUAUUUCGACGAAUUCCUGGACAAAGUUUUGACAUUCAAAAACUCAGAGUGCAAGGAAAUUGUCAAGACCAAUGAAUUGAAUGUGGUGAUGUCGAUGUGCCACUUGCUCGAGGGAUUUGCUACCAAACAAAAUGGCAUCGUUGUGGGUAACGAGGAACUGUUGGAGACCAUGAGCAAAUUAUGGUUUAUGUUCUGUUUGGUUUGGUCAGUGGGUGCCACAGUCAAUGAACAAGGGCGCUUGCGUUUGGAUGCCUACAUUCGAGAAUUGGAUAGCUGUUUCCCCAUUAAGGAUACCAUUUACGAUUAUUAUGUAGAUCCAAUGCAACGCUGUUUCCUACCCUGGGAGAGCAAACUCUCCGAUACAUGGCGUUUUAACGAAGAAGAACCAUUUUAUAAAAUAAUUGUUCCCACCGUGGACACAGUACGGUAUGAAUAUUUGGUUUCAAAACUUUUGCAAGAGAAUCACCCAGUACUGAUGGUGGGCAAUGUUGGUACGGGUAAAACCUCAACGGCCGUUAGCGUAAUGGAGUCCUGUGACAAAACUAAAUUUACCGUUCUCUCCAUAAAUAUAUCUGCCCAGACCACAGCUGCCGGUCUUCAAGAAUCCAUUGAAAAUCGAACCGAAAAAAGAACAAAAACACACUUUGUUCCCCUUGGUGGCAAGAAGAUGAUUUGCUUUAUGGACGACAUUAAUAUGCCCGCCAAGGACGUGUAUGGUUCCCAACCUCCGCUCGAAUUGAUACGUCAAUGGAUUGACUAUAAAUACUGGUUCAAUAGGAGAAAUCAACAGAAGAUAUACGUGACUAACACAUUGAUAAUGGCUGCCAUGGGCCCGCCUGGUGGUGGUCGCCAGAUUAUAUCAUCGCGUACCAUGAGUAGAUUCUUCCUCUUAAAUAUGACCUUUCCCACAGAGGCUGUGAUAAUGCGUAUAUUUGGCUCGUUGAUACGUCAGAAGUUGCAACCAUUCGCCAAUGAAGUGCGUGAGUUGUGGCAUCGCAUUGCCACGGCCACUAUCCACCUCUACAAUGAUGUGGUUUCGAAAAUGCUACCAACUCCGAACAAGUCGCAUUAUCUAUUUAAUUUACGUGACAUUUCCAAGGUAUUUCAGGGGUUGCUGCGCGCCAAUUCGGAGGUGCUGGUCAAGAAGGCACAGUUCCUAAGGCUUUGGAUACACGAGUGUUUUCGUGUGUUCAGCGAUCGCCUAGUGGACGACCAAGAUUAUGAUUGGUUUGUCAAUGAGAUGAAUGAUGUCCUGGGAAAGCAUAUGGAAGUAACGCUACACAGCUUGUGCCCCAAUAAAAUAGUUCCGAUCUUUGGCGAGUUCAUGAGUAUGCAAGGCUUCUAUGAGGACUUGGGCAUGGAUAAUCUGCGCUCUUAUAUUAAUGACCAGUUGGUGGAGUACAACAAUUUUCCUGGCAUGGCUCGCAUGAACUUGGUGUUUUUUAAAGAGGCUAUUGAACAUGUUUGUCGAAUUGUUCGUGUCAUAUCACAGCCCAGGGGUCAUGUAUUGAAUAUAGGCAUUGGCGGUUCCGGAAGACAGGUUUUGGUUAAGUUGGCAGCUUUCAUCCUGGAAAUGGGUGUUUUUCAAAUUGAGGUGACGAAAAAAUACAAAACCCAGGAAUUUAAGGAGGAUCUGAAGAACCUAUAUAAGGUGACAGGGGUAAAACAAAGACCCACCGUCUUUAUAUUCAGCGGCGAUCAAGUGGUUGAGGAUACGUUUUUGGAAAUACUCAACAAUAUGUUGAGUACCGGUGAAAUAAACCUUUUCAAAGCGGAUGAGUUUGAGGAACUCAAGACGGAAUUGGAGAGAUCGGCCAAAAAGGCUGGAGUUCAGCUGACCACUGAAGCUCUAUACAAUUUCUUUAUGCAAAACGUACGGGACAAUAUGCACAUCGCCUUGGCAAUGAGUCCCAUAGGUGAAGCUUUUCGUUCUUAUAUUCGUCAAUAUCCGGCGCUUAUUAAUAACACCACACCGAAUUGGUAUAGAUUGUGGCCUCAAGAAGCCUUACUGGAAGUCGCUGCUAAAUUUCUUUCAGAAUUCAAAAUUAAUGUACCGGUACCCGGCAGAGAGGACGAAAAACAUCGCGAUAGUUUGGUAAUGAGCACGGAAGAAACACUGCAGAGAGAUGUGGCCUACGCUUUCUCUGUCAUACAUUCCAGCGUCAUUCAAGUAUCUCAAACGAUGCUAUUAGAGGUGAAACGUCAAAAUUAUGUUACGUCAUUGAAUUACCUGCAAUUGGUUAGCGGUUUUAAGGAGAUUUUGGAAAUCAAGCGACUUGAGAUAUCCUCCAGUGCCAACAAGUUGCGUAAUGGCCUUUCGAAAAUCGCGGAAACUCAGGAAAAAGUUACUGUCAUGUCGGAAGAACUGAAAGUGAGUUCGGAACAGGUAAAAAUGUUGGCGGUAGAAUGUGAAGAGUUCAUUGCCAUCAUCGAGCAGCAAAAAACCGAAGCUACAGAACAAAAAGAGAAAGUUGAUGCCGAAGCAGUGAUAAUACGUCGGGACGAAGUGAUCUGUUUGGACUUGGCAGCCACCGCCAAGGCAGACCUUGAUGUUGUCAUGCCCAUGGUAGACGCCGCAGUCAAAGCUUUAGAUGCCCUCAACAAAAAGGAUGUGGCCGAAGUCAAGUCCUAUGGUCGUCCCCCUAUGAAAAUCGAAAAGGUCAUGGAAGCUGUUCUAAUAUUAAUUGGCAAGGAACCAACCUGGGAGAAUGCAAAGAAGGUGUUGGGAGAAGCCACCUUCCUCAAUGAUCUCAAGAAUUUUGAUCGGGACAACAUUUCUGAUAAAACUUUAAAACGCAUCGCCUUGUAUACAAAAAAUCCUGAAUUGGAGCCGGAUAAAGUCGCAGUGGUGUCAUUAGCUUGCAAAUCAUUAAUGCAAUGGAUUAUAGCCAUUGAAAAUUACGGAAAAGUAUAUCGCAUUGUGGCGCCCAAACAGGAGAAAUUAGACAAUGCCAUGCGAUCCUUGGCGGAGAAGCAAGCUCAACUAGCUGCGGCCAGAAAGAAACUCGAAGAGCUUAACGCACAACUGGCCGAGCUUUACAGGAAGCUAAAGGAAAAAACGGAUCUCCUUAACGAACUUCGCUUAAAGGAGGAACGUCUGAGAAAGCAACUGGAGCGAGCCAUAACUCUUGUAGAAUCUCUGUCAGGCGAAAGGGAACGUUGGAUUGAAACAGUUGCCCAGUUAGAUAAACAAUUCGAAAAACUUCCGGGCGAUUGUCUGAUAUCGACAGCAUUUAUGUCCUAUUUGGGUCCAUUUGAUACCAAAUAUCGUGAGAUCCUUUUAGAAAGAUGGACGCUACUCAUCAAAGAGAAGUUAAUACCUGCCACAGAAGACCUGAAGAUCUCAGGCUUUCUCUCCGAUGCCGUUACAAUUCGAGAGUGGAAUAUUCAGGGUUUGCCAGCUGAUGACUUUAGCACCGAAAAUGGUGUCAUUGUGACUCGCGGCAGUCGUUGGCCGCUUAUUAUUGACCCGCAAAUGCAGGCCAAUGCCUGGAUUAAAAAUUACGAGGAGAAAAACGAUUUGAAACUAAUCGAUUCUGGCCAAUUGGAGUAUUUGAAAACUUUAGAAACAGCGUUGCAGAAUGGAAAUCCAGUGCUUCUGCAAAAUGUGGGAGAAAGCAUUGAUCAGUCUCUAAAUCCCAUUCUGCGCAAAAGCUACACCCUACAGGGUGGCCAAAAACUCAUCAAGUUCAAUGACAAGUUCUGCACUUACAACGACAACUUCCGCUUGUAUAUAACCACAAAAAUGACCAAUCCCCAUUACCCACCCGAGAUAUCAUCGAAAACCACGAUUGUUAAUUUCGCCCUUAAGCAGGAUGGCCUGCAAACUCAGUUAUUGGGUAUUAUUGUGCGUAAGGAAAAACCUGCCUUGGAGGAGCAGAAAGAUGAAUUGGUGGUAACCAUAGCUCGUAACAAGAGAACUCUCAUCGAUUUGGACAACGAAAUUUUGAGGCUGCUUAAUGAAAGCAGAGGAUCACUGCUGGAAGACGAUGAGCUGUUUGCCACCUUGCAGAAAUCACGCCAGACCUCAACAUUAGUGAAAGAGUCGUUGAGCACAGCUGAGGUAACCGAGAUUGAAAUAGACACCGCUCGCCAAGAGUACCAACCUGCAGCCGAAAGAGCGUCCAUUUUAUUCUUUGUUCUAAUGGAUAUGUCCAAAAUCGAUCCAAUGUAUGUUUUCUCGCUAUCGGCCUACAUACUGCUCUUUACGCAGUCUAUCGAGCGAAGUCCCAGGCAUCAGAUUGUCUUCGAACGUAUUAUGAAUAUCAAUGACUACCAUACCUAUGCGGUCUACAAGAAUACGUGCCGAGGUCUAUUUGAGAAACACAAAUUGCUGUUCUCCAUUCAUAUGACGGCUCAGAUUUUGUCCAACGCUGGUAGAUUGGUCGAAGCGGAAUAUGAAUUUAUUUUAAAGGGUGGCAUUGUUUUGGAUAAACAAGGGCAGACUCCCAAUCCAGCUUCACAUUGGAUUAGUGAACAGGCUUGGGACAAUGUUACAGAAUUGGACAAGGUUGCGGGAUUCCAUGGGAUUAUUGACUCGUUUGAGCAGAAUGCCAAACUGUGGCAGGUUUGGUAUGCCACAACAAAUCCUGAGGUUGAAGAUCUCGUGGGAGAAUGGAACGACAAACUUACAGAUUUCCAAAAAAUAUGUGUUAUACGAUGCCUUCGACCUGAUCGCAUUCAGUUCUGCCUAACUCAAUUUAUUGUGAACUCAUUGGGUACGCGGUUCGUGGAACCGCCGGUAUUGGAUUUGAAAGUAACAUUCGAGGAGUCCAUAGCUCAGACCCCCUUAAUAUUCGUACUAUCUCCGGGAGUUGAUCCCGCUCAAUCACUACUCACGUUGGCGGAACAGAUGAAGAUGUCGUCACGGAUGUUUUCGCUAAGUUUGGGUCAGGGACAAGCACCCGUAGCAACCAAACUGAUAAUGGACGGCAUUCGAGAUGGCAACUGGGUAUUUUUGGCGAAUUGUCAUUUGUCUCUGAGUUGGAUGCCGACCUUGGAUAAGAUAAUUGCCACAAUGCAGUCGAUGAAACUGCACAAGCGCUUCCGCCUAUGGCUUAGUUCGAGUCCCCAUCCCGAAUUUCCCAUUUCCAUAUUGCAGUCCAGCAUUAAAAUGACCACUGAGCCACCGAGAGGCAUCAAGGCCAAUAUGAAACGGCUUUACAACAAUGUCAACGAAGAAAACUUCGAUCUGGCCAAUGAUCCUUCGAAAUACAAACGGCUUCUCUUUUCCUUGUGUUUCUUUCACACCAUACUUCUGGAGCGCAAGAAAUUCCUGCAGUUGGGUUGGAAUGUCAUUUAUAGUUUUAACGAUUCCGACUUUGAGGUUUCAGAAGUCUUGUUGUUAUUGUAUUUGAACGAAUAUGAAAACACGCCAUGGGGAGCUCUGAAAUACUUAAUUGCGGGUGUAAAUUAUGGCGGCCAUGUGACAGACGAUUGGGAUCGCAGGCUAUUGACCACGUACAUUAACCAGUACUACUGCGACGAAGUCAUCAGAGUAUCCAAGCAUAGAUUAUCUUCCUUACCAAAUUAUUUCAUUCCGCCCGAUGGCGAUGUCCAAUCUUACUUGGAUCACAUACAACAAUUUCCAACAUUUGAUAGACCUGAGGCUUUCGGUCAACACCCUAAUGCUGACAUUGCCUCUCUGAUUGGGGAGACUCGACUGCUAUUUGAAACCCUAAUCUCAAUGCAAGUGCAAUCCUCCGCAUCGGUGGGUGAGAGUAGAGAGGAGAAAGUAUUACGUUUGGCUCAUGACAUAGCUUCAAGUACUCCGGAUGAAUUGAAUUAUGAGCAAACGGCAAAGCUUAUUGGUCUGAAUCGCACACCACUGGAAGUGGUACUACUGCAAGAGAUGGAACGUUACAAUGUCCUCUUGCGAAAUAUUAAAAUCCAUCUAAGAGAUUUGCAACUGGGCAUAAAGGGCCUGGUGGUGAUGAGCACCGAUUUGGAAGAUAUAUACCAGGCGGUAUAUGAGGGAAGGGUGCCUUUGGUGUGGUUAAAAUGUUAUCAGUCGACAAAGCCACUGCCCUCGUGGUCUCGGGAUUUGGUCUUUCGCAUUGAACAUUUUUCCCAGUGGGCUAAGGUGUUAAAACCUCCGACAUUAUUUUGGUUGGCCGCUUAUACAUUCCCAACGGGAUUUAUUACUGCCGUCUUGCAAACAUCUGCUCGUUCAAGUCGAACGCCCAUCGAUGAAUUGGGUUGGGAAUUUUUUGUUUUCGUUGAGGAGGAUGCGGCUGCGGCACGUAUUGUACGUGAAGGUGGUGGUGUUUAUGUACGCGGUUUAUAUUUGGAGGGUGCCGGUUGGUUGCGUAAGGGCCAGUGUUUAACGGAUCCCUUGCCAAUGGAAUUGGUUUACCCUAUGCCGGUAAUACAUUUCAAGCCAGUCGAACAAAUGAAGAAGAAAACCAAGGGCAUCUACUCGUGUCCUGCCUACUAUUAUCCAGAACGCGCUGGUUCAUUCGUUAUAGCAGUGGACUUGAAGUCCGGUUCAGAAAACGCUGACUAUUGGAUUAAACGUGGUACAGCAUUGUUGUUGAGUUUGAGUACAUAA